UUUCAUUUCGCUUUUACUUGGUUAUGUUUCUGUUUAUGUCGAAUUGAGUUCAUUGUUAUUAUAUUUUAUCACGCAUUUCAAGUUUAUUCAAGUUAAUUUGGUUUAAAAUUCAACGAUGUGGUCAACACUGAUUCAAACAUUAUCUUCAUCUCCUGGAAUAUCUUGGGAUGCACUUGAAGACUUUCGUUUUACUUCAGUUACUGAUUUGCAAGAAAAUGAUUAUCUCAAUUGCUGCAAGUUAAUUUUCAUCAAAUUGGACCAACCUUCUACAUUGGUCGAGGGUCAUCGUGCACUUUUAGAGGACAUUAUUUUGAAGAAAAAGAUUAAUCUUUUGCCAAUAAUUUGUAACCAAUUGAUCAGCUGUGAUGAAUCUCAUCGACGAGACGAACUUUGUCAUCUUCUAAAUCAGUUUAUUUUCCGUAAAAAACAUCUUGUCCAAACAUUUCUUCAAAUUGUUGAAAAAGGAACUUCAUCUGCUGGUUUUUCUAAGUUAGUUGAUGAUGACAUGAUUAGAUGUAUAAUCAAUGUUCCUUCAUAUGUUGCUAACAAGAUGCAAUUAAAGACCCCACAAUCCUUUAUUCCAGUGAAUUAUUUUGCAAAAUUGUGUUCUAUCAUCUUUGUUGUUUUUUGUAAAAUCCACAAACGUAUACAAAAAGAGAAAGAUUGUCGAGUUGAUUUCUUCUGUAAUUUAAUUGGAAAAAUCGCUUCUUCUGGUUAUAGUGAUAUUGUUUGGAAGCAAUUCACUUCGCUUGUAUUGAACAAUUGUGCAAACGACUUCAUUUGGCGUCGGAUUGGUCAUAAAUUGAUAAUUUCCCAAAGUGAUAGAAAUGUUGAAGGAAUCAUUCGUCAUAUUUUAAUGUUUGCUUCCGAUCCAAAUCAGGCACAAUGGAUUUUGAAAGAUGCUCCAUUGCAAUCUGCGAAAAUAAAUUACCUGUUUACCGAAAAAUUCAUCCUCGGUAAUCAUUACGAAAAUAAAUCCUUCAUUAUCAACUUAAUUGGAUAUUUGGCCAAUAUUUCAACCGAUCUUUUCAUUAAAACCUUAGACAACUUACUGUCAGCUUGGAGUAAUGGAAGUGCAGUGAAACAUAGAUCUUUUGAACAACAGUUUUACAUCUGUUGUGGUCUUGCGAUCUCGGCAAAAUAUUUGAGACCUAAAGAUUUACCCAAGCAAACUAUGAAUAAAUUUCUUAAUUGCGUGAUACAUGCCACUGAAAUUUAUCUUCUCAGUGUACUACCUGAAAUAAGAUUCACUGGGCUCUAUGUAAGCAAGUUAUUUUUAUCGAUUCUUAAAUCGGAAGGACCUCAAUUUGAAGUCAACAUUGAAAAGCUUCCAGAAGUUAUCACUCUUAUGGAACUUUAUGGAACUGAGCCUCACACGAUUGAUACUGACAAAACAAUGAAAAAUGAAGAUAUUGAUAUCUCAAUGAGCAAAUUGAGUACUAAAAGCAUUACUGAUGACGAGGAAGAAGACGAAGAGGAUGAUGAAGAUGACCUUACGCCUUAUGAUUUAUCAAAUGAUAUUCCAGUUGACAAGACGAAAAAACCAAUCUAUGUAGUAGACUGUAUUUCUGGAUUAAGAGAUGUUGAAAAUUGCGAUUGGAAUCAAAUUUGUUUGAAGUCGACUAUGGAAAUCAUUGAUAAAAAUGCAUCCAUGAUUGAAGAUUAUGCAGAAGACUUUGCUAUCUCAUUGUUGAAUCUUCAAGAUACCUUCGAGACACCUGAUUUUGUUACCUUAAGACGCGAUGCAUUAGUCAAAUUACUUACAGUUUCACCAAUCACUGUAGCUACUUAUUUAACUGGACAAUUUUAUGACAACAACUUGGAUAUUGAAAGGCGACUAUUGAUAUUAGAAACCCUUGCCAUGGCCAGUCAAAAAAUUUGUAAAUUCAGCUGCGAGGAAGACAGCAAGAUGAACGAUGAUACUCAGUUAAUUACUAAAGUCAUACCGAAUGAUAUUGUGAUAGCCGAAGCAAAAUGGAAAACUGUCGUUGAAGACAGAAUCAUGAGUAAAACUAAAAUCAUCUCUAAACCACGGACAAAAAAUACUUAUGUAAACAAAUUUAUUCAAUUUUCUGGUCAUUUCUUCUUCCCGUUGAUGAAGCACCACGAUAGUCCUAACAUUACUUUCAAUUUAGUCGGUGAAGACUAUUAUCUUCUUGGACGAUUACUCUAUACUCUCGGAAUCAUUUUAGAAUCAUCAUCACAGGCUCCUAUCACUCGAAGAAUGGGGAAAUCUCUGAUUGAAUUUUUAUGGGCUUUCAGAUAUCAUGUUGAAAGCUUUGUUCGCCAGGCUAUCAUCUUCUGUUUAUGUAUGAUCUUUAUUUCAGUUCCCAGAACUUACUUAUUGGAAUACAUGCAAAAUGACCUUAUUGAAUUCAAGAAAUGGCUUAUUGAUGUGACCGAGAAAGACUCAGAUAAAGACUGUAUCGAAAGAUCUUUAAAUGCGUUAUUCUUGUUAAAACAGCUGGUUGAUUCAGAGGCAUUUUCGUGCUUUCAACACUCAAGGAUGGAAGCAAAAGUGACCUUAAAAGAUGAUUUCUUGGCCUGCUUAAAUAAAAGAGAGCGAACCAUUGAACUGCUUAAGGAUCAGAUUGCCGGAACAUGCUCAACCAUCUUGGGUCGCCCGGAGAAGAAUCUAUCUCGUUUACGACGGCUCAUUUUAUUAUUGGACGUGAAAGAAGAUUCUGAAGCCUUUCGAUUAACUUUCAUCACUGGACAAAAGCUAGUAGCCUUUUCCAUAUUGGAGGUUUUCAAAGACUUGAUUCCUGGUUAUCGAGUUUCGGAAAAAAUUAAAGAAGAAUCAAACAAGAAGAAGCGCUUUAAGAAAACAACAAUAAGUCUGAGACAAUAUGAGACGCGUCUCUUAUCCAUCUACAAAUUGUAUCUUGCCCGUUUAAGAAGAAUGGCUCAACUUUUGAGAAAACCUAAGAGUCAAUCAUCUUCGUUUUAUCGUGAUAUACUUUCAACGGAUCUAGCUAGAGAACGAAUUGCUGCUGUCGGUGUUAAAUGUCUUUGCGAUUUACUUGUUACUCAUCCUCACUUCAACUGUCGUAAUCACAUAAUCCAAACAUUAGUCCCUUUUAUGACGCUAUCUAAACAUGAAGCCAUUGCUGAUAGAGUAUGUACAUCUUUUGGAACUCUUUUUCGUCAGGACAAAUUGGGGGAAGUAUCACUAGAUGCUGUCAAAGAGAUAGAAAAAUUGAUUAAAGCGUGUGGAUUGUUUGUUCGACCUCAAGUCUUUGCUGUAUUCUUGGAGCUGAAAAUCAAAGAAGUUGAGAAGAAAGGACAGGAGAAGAAAGAUAUGAACCAGGUUAGGAAAGAGCUUGAUAAAAUGUCCAGGAAAACUAAAAGACGACUGAAAGCUUCGAGAAAACUGGAUAAUGUUUUGCUCGAAGCAGAAGCUUCAGAAAGUUACAAAAGACGAUUAGAACAUCACACAAAGAUUCUGGAUCAUGUAUUUCUGUCAUAUUUCAGAAUUUUGAAAAGAACUAUUUUAGAUUUAAGUGAUGAGGAAGUGAAAAAAGCAAGAUUCAGAGAAUUGUUGUCACCAGUUCUUGAAGGAUUAUCCAAAUUUUGCCAUUUAAUCAACGUUGAAUUUUUCGAUGAUUUAAUCAAUAUUCUGUUCAAGCUGAUCAAAUCCGAUCUCUUGGAUGCUGUACAGACUCUCAACAGUUGUCAAACAGUUUUCUCGAUCCUGUCUGAAGAAGGAAGCGCUCUUAACAUAGAUCAUCAACGAUUUUAUACGCGAUUAUAUCAAAUAUUACCUGAUAUCGAUUUGUCAAUACCUACAAAAACGAUAAUAGUUUUAUUGAAGUGUUUGGACACUAUGAUAAUAAAGCGAAGAAAAACAAGUUUCCCUCGAGUUGUGGCCUUUAUGAAGCGAUGUACAUCAGUUUCCCUUCAAACAAAUGAUGCUGCAACAUUAGCAUUAUUGUCAUUUGUGAGACGAAUGUUUAUUGAACAUCCUCGAGCUGAUAUUCUCUUAGAUUGCGAAAGUGCUGGAACUGGAUUAUUCAUGCCUCAUGUGGAAGAUCCUGAAUAUUGUAAUGCCCAUGCAACUCAACUUUGGGAACUUCAAUUGCUCAAAAACCAUUGCAAUUACGGAAUUUCACAAUUCGCUAAACAUAUUAUAAAUGGAUGCUGCAGUGAUGAAGUUCGUUCAGAUAUCGCGAAAAAACGUCCACUCGAAGUAUAUGAGGAUUACGAGGGCAAAGAAUUUAGUUAUUUAGAUGAUGAAAGUCAUGAAACAUGUAAAAAUUUAUCAAAGAAAGUCAAGUUCCAUGGUUUAAUAUUGAAAAGUACAAGCUUAACAGCUAAUGCAAUGGAGAUGAUUGAUGAUGAAAACACGAUAGCAAGCAAAUUAACCAAUUUAGUUAAUUAAUGCAAAUGUUGUUAUUAAUAUAAUGUAAUUUAUAAAUUAUUUUUUACGACCACCUCUUUCUUUGAGACCAAGUGUUAAAGUGGCUCCAGAGCCAAUAUUACAAAAAGCUAAGGUAUUUGAAUCUUUAAUAAAAGUACUUCCGAAUUGUAACUUUUGUUUACCGGGCGGAAGGCCAAGUUGCUCGUGAA